AUGGGCUCGUCCAAAACUGUUAUUGGAGGAGAGUACUUGGUUCUGGGCAAGAUUGGCGAAGGCUCCUUUGGUGAGGUCUUUCGAGCGACUCAUAUUGCCACUGGCGUGGACUAUGCCAUCAAGAGAGAGCCCAUCAAUGUCGCGCACCCCCAGCUCGAACAUGAAUUCAGGAUGUACGAGCAACUUGCUGGUGGAGUUGGCAUUCCUAAAGUGCACUGGUUUGGCAAGGAAGGCAUGUACAAUGCAAUGGUCAUUGACCUUCUGGGACCCAACCUAAAGGAAGUUCGCCGUGAAAAUGAAAAACUACCUCUUAGCUUUGUUAUCGAAUUAGGCGUCCAAAUGAUCACCCAACUUGAAUCUAUUCACAAAAAAGGGAUCGUAUAUCGUGACAUCAAGCCUGAGAAUUUUCUUUUGGACACCGAUAUCGUCCUGCCUGAUGCUCCUGCCUCACCGAUAUCUCCAACUUGUCUAAAGAACGGCAGUCAUGCCCUGUCGAUUGUUGAUUUUGGAUUGGCAACAUACUACAGAGAUGCAUGUGGAACAGGAAAGCACAUUCCCAAUAGAGGAAGCACAAAGCAUAAAGUCGGAACAGCCCGAUACGCCAGCAUCAAUAUCCACUGUGGACGAGAGCAUACACGCCGAGAUGACAUUGAAUCAGUAGGCUACAUGCUCCUUGAAUUCUUGAUCGGAACAUUGCCUUGGUCCGGUAUUUCUGCCAGGAACUCAAGGCAAGGCUGGGCUAAAAUGCGGGAGAUCAAGGAGGAUAUUGAAUUGGAUGAGCUAUGCGAUGGUUUACCGAAGGGGUUCAUGACGUUCAUUGGGUACUCUCGUAGUCUUCGAUUUGAUGAAGAGCCCGAUUAUGAGUAUCUCCGAACAAUUUUAUGCUCCGUCUUUCAAGCCCAAUACUGGUACAGCUGCAGCUACAGCCGCUACAAGCCGCCUUUAUAA